UUUUCGACUAUAAACCGAGCACAUUUCUGUUUUUGUCGUUCACAAAAUUUCAAAUUUGUCCGCUGUGUUUUUUGUUUUAUCAUUAUCAAAAAUUCAUUUUCGAGCGUUUAAAUAGUCAAAAUUAAAUAGCCAUUGUGUUUUUGUGUAACAAGAGGAAAACUUUGCAACUCUGGACCCUUUCCAGCAAUAGCUAAGCAGUUCUAAGCGCAACUUGAAGGAACUGCGAUGUGUGAAAAAGAUUUACAUCUGUUUUGAUAUCUCUCACUUUUCAUUACCACUCGCAUUUGCAGCCCGACUGCCAAUCUACGCCCGGCCGGUGGCGGUUGUGCUGGGGAUACGAUCAUGGCCUGCGAUCAGUACUGCCCGCCAAAGUGCGAUCCUUGUCAGGCACCGGUCGACUAUACGCCGUGCCCGCCAGGGGGCGAUUGUAAUUGUCGUUGUGACUGCGGCGAUUACGCGGGCUGCUGCUAUCAACAGCCGCCACGUACCCAACCCAUCCGUCCGAUGUCGUGUAUUAUGCGCUCGACGGCACCACUUGAGACGGACACGAUAUACAAGCGUUCAUACUUUGCAAAUUGCGGUGACUGUUAUCGUGCAAAACCAAUACGACCAUGCCCAAAUAUAUUAUCAAAUACCGGUCGUAUGGAAUCGUGCACGGUACAAAAAUUGUCAUAUUUGCCGCCAUGUGGACCCGGUCGUACCGCUUCAAUUAGACCACCAGACAAUGGACUGCGCUUUUGUGGGCCACUUUAUGCUAUGACCUCCCAGAAACAUGACUAUGUGCCGAAAGGUUAUAGUAAACGUACGCCUAUACUGCCAAUAAAUGGCAUUUGCAAGCCAUGCGACCCACUAGAGCGUUGCACAAUCAACCGACUGUCAUAUAUGCCAGUAGAUGUAUGCCGGAAUCCUCCACCGAAACCUAUAAUACAAGCGUACAACAUACAACGACCAACCGGUCCUAGUGAAAAAUGUACAAUACAAAAGUUGAGUUAUCUACCUGUUUGUCCAUUGCCUAAGGACCCAAUGCCGUGGGCUGAUAAAGUGCGUUGUAUGCCACCACGGUACGAAAACCUUUGCACAACAUAUAAUCUCAGUUAUCUGCCAAAUUGCUGCACUACCCGUGCGGCUCCCGUUGUACCAAUGCAUAGUAUAAAAACUUUGGGAAGUGAUCGUACUGAUGGUUGUACUGUUUAUAAGCUCAGCUACAUGCCAGUGGAUUCUCGAUGUUGUCGUCCCGAACCGAUACGACCCAGUCCAGGUAUAUGUAUGCCAACGGGAUCUCUGGAAAAAUGCACUGUGCACAAGCUAUCAUACCAACCGAAUUGUUGCGUGGCUCGGGCUCAACCCAUUCGUCCCAAAGAUAAUUGCCUGAAGUCUUGUGGUCCUCUUUAUAAUAUGACAACACAGAAACAUGAUUUUGUACCGAAACCAAUAUGCCGACGUGCUCCUAUACGCCCACAAUCGUUAAUAUGUCGUGCCACUGGCAGCAUGGAUCGUUGCACCAUCAACAAACUGUCCUAUAUGCCGGUAAAUGUUUGUGAAUUCAGACGCCCAGAGCCCAUUAGGCCAAAGCCAGGUGUGUUCCGUACGGAUGGACCUGUCGAAAACUGUACCGUGUAUAAGCUAAGUUAUUUGCCAAAUUGUCCACAACCUCGGCAGUCUAUGCCAUGGGCACAUCAAUCGGCUUAUUGUAAGCCUACCGCACCAAUCGAAAAAUGUACAAUACAAAAACUCAGCUACGGUCCACCUGGUACAUUUUCACGUUGUGGCGGUUGUUACAAUACGAACUGCGGACCCUCAGUCCCUAAAGCGGGCAUAUGCAACUAAUAGCAAACCAUUCUAUUUGAUUUAAGUGUGCAUUCCAUUGAUCAAAGUUUAAUUAUCGCGAAUGUUAGCUACGAUUUGUGUAACUUUAAAUGUAAAAUUAUUUAAGAUUUCACGAUCGCCACAAAUAUAAUAUAUCACAGAAAACGUUUAAAGAAAUCUACACUUACACUAACCACAUUUUUUUUUUAUAUAAGCUAACAUAGAAUUCUAAUCUCACUCCAUUCUACAAACUUCACCAACUUCACUUUAAAACCAAUACAUACAUACAUAUAGGCUCAUCUAAUAGGAAGUACUCGGAAUACUAUAAUUA